CACACAACUCAAUAUCGUGCGCAUCACCAGUAGACCGUCAGGCAUGCAAGGACUUGGAUGGGUUGGUCUCUUACUUUUGUAUUAUGCAGCUGCUGUUUCAGCGGCCGGUGAUACAACAUGUUAUAGCAGUAAACUGGAUUGGUACACAAGCGCGGUCGGUGAAACCCCUUGCAUGACGUACCAGAGGCUUCGACAAAUAUGCAACAGUUCUUACGAGGUUGGCGAUUUCUCUCAGUCCCCCCCCGUUUGGUUUUGCGACGAUCAUAUUGCGGAUUGCUGCUGCAAUUCUGUCGCAUUCGCAUUAGGCAUGCUUUGCAUGAAUUGCCAAGAAGACGCUGUUACGGGCGAAAUUGAUGCAGCUCCUGGAAUGUACACUGCUUAUCUCGCUACCUGUGGUACUCCCACAAAUCAGUCGCUUCCAGCAAGUAUUCAGCAAGCUGUGUGCAACGAGAACAUCAAGAUUGACAACUUUCUGUACAAUGGAUCCUAUUGGACUGAUGGAUCCUGGAACUAUCAAUGGACAGUGGAUUAUGCAUUAGAGCAGCAGGCAAUAUACAACAACAACACUUUUACGGCUUGCCCGAUCCAAGUUUCACCUUCCGCAUCCCUUCCCGCAUCCACAACGGUCCCUACUGCAGGUGCCAGUGCUGCCUCUGCAUUGUCAUCCAGCUCUGGGAAUGCAACUCCAUCUGCUUCAUCGACCUCACGGAAAGCUAUCAUCGGUGGUGCAGUGGGUGGCGCCGCGUUCGCCAUAGUCGCAGUGCUCGGCGGUGUUUACUGUUACAGGCGGCGCAAACGGCCUCGCAUGAUCCAGGAUACGCCAUCCCUGUUUACGGACCAAUUCCCUGACGCCCAGUCCAUCUAUGGAGCAUCUUUGGCGAACACUGAACCAGUAGUUACUCAAAGAUACAGUAGUCUCAGUCCAAAUCGACGAAAUCACUGGUCUAGGAAGUCUACUUUGCCGAUGCUACAUUCUUUGAGCCCUGAGCGGGCCCAGUUCCUCGAUACGUCAACUGGCCCGUCAUAUUUCGCAAAUGACAAUUUGCCUAGAACAGCGUCCUACAUCCGAGAAGAUGAUGCUGGCACGUUGAUUUCCCGUGGUGCACCUACAGAAAGACUUCCACCUGCGUAUCAUCCAUCUUGGGUGUCCAGAAAUACACCGGCAAGCAACUCAGACCCCAGCGAAGUAGUCACAUAG